AUGUGGCAGUUGAAAGGUUCGUUAUUGAUAGUUCCUGUAUUUUUAUUUUCCUAUUGGACAAUAUGUGGUGGAUUGAUGAAUUCGGAUGUAGAAUUUAUUUCAGUCAAAGGCAGUAGCUCUAAUAAUGAUAUUUUUGAAACUAAUAUGAAAUUGGAACGCAUCAAAAGAGGAGUGUAUGCUCUUUCCGGUUUAAUGGAUUUCAAAGAAGAUACAACCGAUGAAUGGAUGGUUGAAAUUGUUGUACUUAAGAGCCGUUAUGGUAAUAAUCCCUAUAAGCCAACUGCAAUUAAGGCUCCCAAAGAUACGUUGCACAAUAAUAUUAAUGGUGUUUAUAAGCGUUUCUUUAUGAAUUACACAAGAGAAUGUGCACCGAAAGCCCCGCAAAUCGUUGGGAAGUUUGUACCACCACUGACGAAGCGUCGCAUUCUUUUCACUCGAUGUAUUGUUACAACGAAAUAUUUUCCUCCAAUGGAACCUGGAUAUUUCAAGUUUAUAUCAAAAUUUUCUGGCAGAGUAAAUGCUAGCUGGGAAGUUUUAGCAAAGUUUUCAAGAGAUGGUUUCUUUUAAACUCAAAUCAAUUUCUUUUAAAACACUCUGAAAGUGGAAAUAUACGAAUAUGGAGUGCAUUUUUU